AUGAACCAAAGUAGGCCACAAAUAGCGGCCACAUUGCCACAGCCAAUAAUGUAUCCAGGUGGACAGAGCCAGGCUCGUAUCGUACAGCAGGGUGGUCAGCAGUUUUUAAUGCAUGGAGGAGCAGCGACAAAUCUUACAACGGGUAGUAACGUGAUGGUCCUGAACGCCGCCCCGCACAUCCCCGCAGCUCCGAAUAAUAAUUCCAUGUACCAGCAACAGCGAAACAUGCAAAGUGGAAUGAGUAAUGCCAAGCCGGAGACGACGUUACCAAUGCUUGAUGGAACGUCGAGUUUGGCAAAAUUUACUUCUCCCAUAAGAAGCUCGUUUUGUGUCAACAAAAAGAUUGCGAACGGAAAAACUGACCAAAAAAGCAAAGUGGACAUGAAAAAAGUGAUACAGUUGGAUGGGGCGGAUCGUAUCAGUGAAUCAUCAACGGAAGAAGAAGAUUUGGACGAGGAGGAGGAGUACGAUCCGUUGAGAAGAAUUGCAAAUCGUAUUGAUGAGGAACAGGCAAAUGCACCUGAGGACGAGGAACAGGUAGCUAACGAAGAGGAUCCACUGAAUUCGGGCGAUGAUCAAAGCGACGAUGAGGACAUUGAUGAGUUGUUCGAAGCGGAAAAUCUUGUAAUGUGCCAGUUUGAAAAGAUCCAUCGUGCACGAAGUAAGUGGAAGUUCACACUGAAGGACGGAAUAAUGCAUAUUUCUGGCAAGGACCACUGCUUCCAGCGCUGCUCCGGUGAAGCGGAGUGGUAA